AUGUCGUUGAGCACCUCAUCCUCACCCGACAUUGGAGAGCCAGCAACAAGGAAUGAAUCAUCCACAACAACACCGGACCCAAACCGAGAGAUUCAAACUCUCAAAGCAUUGCUCAGUGAGGCCAUGGAGAGAAUACAAACAUUGGAAGAUGUUUGUACUCACCUUAAUCAUGAAAUGACCAUCAUGAAAAAGCUGAUCACUGUUCAGGUGAAUGAGGUGAGUCAUACCAUGGACAGUAAAUUUACGGAUAUCAUCAGGAGUGUGGAUUCUAAAAUUAUGCAAACAGAGCAACGUGUGGAUCAGGUUCUCACUCGUUUUGAAACUGCCCAAGAAGAUUUCAACAAGUCGAGGGCUGAAUCCGUAAAAAAGCUACACCAUUCAGCUCUUCUAGUAACGCCCAAGAAAUCAUCCGUAACGAAUACAAGUCAUAAUCGCUCUGAUUUGAGUCUUCCUCCUUUUUCACCAAUCUUGAGAAAUGAAACGCCCCGAAACUCUACAAGCAAAGACCGACCUCCAACCAUUGAUUCAGAUCAUUCAAUCACUCAAUAUCCAGAUGAUAUGAUUGUAAAAGUGCUAGAAAGUGAAAUGUUUGAAAGCUAUAAGGAUAUGGCAUUGAAAAUUUUCAAAUAUUGCAUUUCACAAUUGGCAGAGCUUCAAAAAGGAGAGGUCAGAAAAACAAUGGGAAAAAAACAUUUCAUGAAAUUCUUCACAGAGGGUAAAUUGUCAUGCGUGCUUAAUGAAAAGAGCUGGAACUCAGAGUUGGUAUGGGUGUCUGUUCUUAAACGUCUACGCAUUGUGGACGUUUAUUCUCCCUCUGGAAAGUAUCAAUUAACCUAUGAACAGUUCGAAAAGGGCCUCUUUUUGGUAGCUCAAGAAUUGAAAGACUCACAGUUAAUGACCACUUCACAACGAUUGGAAUCAUUAAUGUUGCACAUAAUACCACUCUUCUCGGAAUUAAUUCAACAAAAAGAAGCGCAAGUUGGCUCGACACUAGAUCAUCACUCGUCGUUGCAAGAUCAUGAUGUCACCAACCAGUCCCUUAUCUUUGAAAACUUGGAGCGAGAUAUGGGACAGCUUGAGAGUACCUUCAAAAAGCAUAGAAAACAGCUAAAAGCGAUGUGGUCAUUCUACAGCUGUGCUAAAAAACCAAAAACAAAACUCAAAACUCACCUUCAUGGUCUCAACAUUAAGGACUUGCUCGAUUUGUGCCAGGUCUAUGGUUUGAAGAGUUUAAUAACGAAAGGGGACCUAGUCAUUAUAUUUGAACAACGAAUGGACAUGAAAAAAACUGAGAGUUUAGAAGAUAGACUCUCUUAUUCUGCAUUCGAACAAGUGUUGGUAGACAUUGCAAACAAAAUCUAUGGCGAAAAACCAUUUUCUAACAUGUAUCAAACCACAGAGUCACGACUGGAAAAGUUACUAAGCAAAUUAGUCAUGGCCUACGACGAUCACAGGCUAGAUAGGAGCACACAAGGUCUGUCAUUAAGAGAAUAUUAA